AUGCUGAAAAAUAGAGAGAAAGAAUCAAGGGUGACAGAGAGACCAGAAGAUUUAGAAGUGGCGCCCCCUGCUGAAAAGUACAAUUUGAUAGAGCCUUUCGACAUCUUUACUGGCCAAGAGAACGAUAAGAAAAAUGUUCUCUUAAUUUUAAAUCAAGCAAUCAAAAACAUUGACUUGCGAAAACUAUGGAAAUCAUCUCGAUUAUGCAUAUGCGCUGAUGGUGGAGCCAAUAGGUUAUACGACUACUUUACCAACGAUGAAGAAAGAAAACAAUUCAUUCCUCAAUUUAUAGUAGGGGACUGUGAUUCUCUCAGAGAUAAGACAGAAAUAUAUUACCAAGAGAAGGGCACGGUGAUAAUAAAACAAGCCACACAAUAUUCUACGGACUAUAUGAAAGCCAUUGACUUGAUCAAGUUAUAUUUUUAUUCUGACAACCUGCGAAGUAAGCUUUAUGAGUUACCCCGAGACUCUUAUGAUGGUCUAUCAGAGCUAGUCGAUGAUUUGUCUGUCGAUUCUCAAAAGGGACCUAAAAUUAAAGUUCAUAUUCUCGGAGCUGUUGGGGGUAGAUUUGAUCAAACUAUUCAUUCGUUCAAUCAGCUAUACAGAAUGAAAAGCUCAGACCCAUUUUUGCAGCAAAUCUUUAUCACAGAAACCGACUUCAUAUUCUUGCUAAGCAAGGGUAUCAAUUAUAUAACUUAUCCCAGUAAAUCCUCAUUCUCGAAUUCAAAGACUCCUAUAUGUGGGUUACUUCCUAUAGGAACAUCCACCACACGUUUGACCACUUUUGGGUUAAAAUAUGAUAUUGAAAACUGGGAGUCAAGUAUGAAGACACAAGUCAGUUCGAGUAACGCACUAUGUGGAACUACGGGUGUUGUCAUACUGACUACAGAUGAUAUUUGCUUUAACAUUGCCGUGGAUUAUUUCCAAGAAACCAGGUAA